ACAGAAAAAGAAUCCUUUGCAGCACGUUGACGUCAGGUCAGCUGAUCACUUCUUACCAAGGAGAAAAAUGUCGCUCACAAACUGGCGAAGGAUGGACGCGGUUUUCACUGCGGCGUUUCUUCUUUGUUUCCUGGCAUCAAACGGUAAGCAGACACAUCGAUAGAGGUAGAUGGUAACCAUAAUUCUUGGUAUUCCCCCACCACACCCUCGCUAAACUAAAUAACAUCGAUGAUUGGUCAGGUUUGCAAUUGAGAAACGUCGUUAGCAUCGCCAUUAAGCCUUACGUUUCUAAUUCCUCAUCAUGUGUAACGUAAACACAUUUUUUUUCACAUAUAUAAAGAGGAUUUAGUCAUAAUAAAAUCAAAUUUUCUUGCAGUACAUGGAUUGUUGUCUUGCUUUGUUUAUUAACGCGCAGGUUUAAAAAGCGGUGCGGAUAUUGCUAGCUCAUUGCUAACCUCAGUAAGCCCCAAAACGCUCAUCAGAAGUGAUGAUCUGAUCAUAUGUGGUUUUCUUGUCACGAGAGUUAUGAAUUUAUAAGUGUAAGUUUGUAAUAAAGUGAAGAUAAGCAGGCCUGAAGCUAGUAACUAUUUGACACAGGGCUGUCAGUCAUGUGACCCACUGUAACCUGGUACUUCCUCUUUGACAUUCACCAGCUCUCUGUCACGAGUUAAUACCAUCAUUUAAGACACUGUUGGUGUUCAUGUUUUAUCUUUGGCUGUGGAUAAACUCAUCAGAUAUUUGACAGAGCUUUACUAAUGUUGGAAGUUCUUUUUACACACAAAUGAGAACUAAUCACAGCACUGAACCACAGGAGUCAUUUUGUUUCUCAUUUCAGGAUUCAUACUUUUUCUUCCACUAUUGCAAAACAUUAUCUAAGGAAGGAAAUGUUAUUACUCUGUCACUGUCUGGAAGGUUUGGUCACAGGGUCAUUUAUAAAACUAAAUCACCAAAACACUUGGUCUAAAUAUCUGCAGUCAAAAAUGUGAUUUCUAAGGGCUCUCUUUAUGUUGUGUAAAUGCACUAAAAACAGUCAUGAAAAACUGUCAGAUACUGGUGACCCCCCUUAACUGAUAAUGUUAAUGCAUAGAGGCCUCCAAAUUUUUUUAAGGUAUAGAUUGGUUUCACAAAUGCAACAUGUGCACUUACAGCCGUUUAUCAUUUCUACAGAAUUAAAAAUCACUCUGUCAAAGGAAGUCCAAGGAGGCAUAGAAACAGUAGUCCUGGAUAGUUACAGUAUAUUUUCCUUUAUUAAAGGGAUAUUCUGGCAUAAAUUUAAUUUAGGGUCAAACUUACUGUAACACUAAGUUAGACACUAUUAGUUAGUGCUAUGACUGGGACCCUACUGUUGAUGAAUUUAGGUGCUGUUCUGAGCAUUAUUUGUGGCUAUAGAGUGGCGUAUUGGUCGAGAUUUGUGUGUGGAGCCAUAGACUGCUGUGUAUUGCUAUCAUGUGGUCAUUACUAAAGUUGGUAACUAGAGAAGCAAGUGGUCGGCAACAUUCAUCUCUCGAGGAGGUGUCUCACUCGGUGUUAUGGUGUGUUUGACCCUAACUUAAUUUUAUACUAGAAUAUCCCUUUAAUGAUGGUUUAGGUAUUGAAAUUAUAGAUGCACAGCAUUAUUGGUGUAAUAUUAGCAUCAAUAGAUAAAAGCUGUAAAAGUUAGAUAUCAGGUUGGGCAGAUAUGAAUAUUUCUGCUGAGAAAAGUGACGGACAAAUUAUGCUCACCUAGUGGCAGCUUAUGCAUAUCAGCAUCUUGCUUUACCCUGCGCGCUGUUAAGAGGUAUUUUCAAGUGUCAGAUACUACAGCUGUUUACAAUGCUUUUAAAGCUCUGUUGAUUUUAGGAAGAGCAAAGUAAUGGUCCUCUAACACUACUGAUUUCAUUGUACAUCGCAAGAGCUGUAGAAUCAGCACCAGGGAAAACCUACCUGUAGCUUCUACCUUAGUCAUUCAAAAAAGUUAAAAAUAAAGCCGGAACCACCCAAAGGUCAAGGAGAGUAAAAAGACAAUCAUUGCUUUUGAUAACCAGCCUUGCAGUGUCAAGUCAGAGUCACCAAGAUGAGUCUGAAAAUAUCAGCAUACCAGAAGAAAAUCCAGUAUCCUUCACUUCAUAUUGUAAUGCUAUAUUUUUGUUGGUGUUGUUGAAUUUAUAAAAGAUUUUAUUAAUAUUGUGUAAAUUCCAGCAAAAUGUGCGAAUAUAACUUUUAAAAACACAGUAAAACAAAGUUUUACUGUUGUCCCAAACUGUUUCAUCCUUCUGGUAGUAGUUGUAUAAAACUCUGAGUUUUACAGAAUGUCAGUUUUACCAAAGUUGACAGUCGUUGUCUUUCUUCCAGGUGCUCAUGGAGACAGCCUCACUGUGCUGCAGGCUCCAGAGUUUGUGUCCUUUCAGAAAGGAGACUGGCCCGUCUCUGGAGAGAAGAUCCCGGACUUGGUGGCUUUAACCAUGGGCUUCUCAAUUCAAGAGGUACUUCUAUUUUUCUAAAGAAGCCUCUGCAUUUGUAAUGUUAUUGAACAGAAUCAUCUUUUUUUUAGUUCAGGUGCCAGCGGGACUGAGACUUGUAAGAUCCUUUCAUGUUUACAGACCUUUUCCUGUUUCUGAGCCCAUUUUUAGCUGCCUGGCUGCAUGUUUACAAAUGUAUGGUUCACUGUCACUGUUCACUUUUUCUGCUGUAGAUUAAAAUGCUCUGAAAAAAUAUUAAAACUAAUUAAUUUGAAACUAUAAGCUACUAACUGGAGAACACAAUGAAGCAUUUAGCAGCCAGAGAUUAGGAUAUUUCCCAGGACUUUGUUACAUAAAAACCAAAAAUCUGAGAGGUCAUGAUGUGCAAUUUUUCCACAGUUUGUUUUUUGGCUGCAUCAUGUGACAAAAUCAGGUCAAUGCAGAUUAAAUGCUCCUGUGAGAACUUUGUAACUGGCUGUGAAACAGGAUAAAAUUAGAUUAACAUGUAUUUAAAAAAACAGUAAGACUAUAAUAAAUGGAAAACAGCAAAAAAUAUGCAUGAUUUUGUGAGACCUCAUCUUACCAAUGUGUCAUACAGGAUCUGUCCUGGCCUGGGCUGAAUGCAGGACCACUGUUCCAGCGUCCCCGGGCGAACGUGCUGGUGGUGGUGAGGGGAGUCGACAGCCUGGACCUGCCUCAGAGUGUGGCCUCCUACCCUCUGGAGAAUGUGAGCUGGACUGAAAAUAAUGCUUUGUAUUUUGAUAAUAGCGCUUUAUAACAAAAGCCAGCACUCUGACUGAACAACUCUCGUGUCCUCUUCUUUGCAGCCUGUGCCCUUCACUCUGGAUAGCGUUGCAGAGACUGUACACUCCCUCUUUGCUGAAGACACACCUGUAGUGCUUCAGCUGGCCCCCAGUGAGGAGGUGAAGGAAAUAUACUCAGACUUAACAGUACCUUCUAACUUUUAGUCUCUUAAAAAAAUAUGAUUGUCAUGUUUUUUGUUGUCUCUCUCAGAGGUUGUACAUGCUGGGCAAAGCCAAUGCUGUGUUUGAGGACCUGCCAGUCACCCUGCAGCAGAUCCGAGCUCGUCUGUCCCAGGAUGGCUCUGUGUUGGCUUCCCUACCUCUAAACUCCCUCAGCAGAAAUGUAGAGGUCAGUGUCGAGCCACAAAAGAGACGGAUUGGCUUUUGAUAGCUCAUGUGUUAUGAGCAAAAGUAUGGCGUGAUGCUACACCAUUCUGUCCAACAUUUCUCUACACAAACUUUUAAAGACAAACUUGUGACUGUCAAAGAUACUCAAAAGCUGACUUCUAUUAUAGCUGGUUCCUUUUCACUGUCGCUAAAAGAAAUCUACAUUGACAGAUGUUUUUCUGCUGUCAACCCUCACCGUUUAGUAAAGGCUGUGUUGCAGCUAGCAUCCCUGUGAUUAAUGUAAACAUACAGGUAACCUGACAAGGGUUUCCAUUUGUUUUCAGUUUCUAUCUCUACUCAUAUUAACAGCUGUUCUGUGCCGUUCUUGCUUUUGCUUUCCAGGCUGAUCUGCUCUUCCUGUCUGAGGUCCAAGUCCUGCAUGAUAUCACAGCUCUGGUAAGUCUUCAGGGAGUCCUGAAGCUCUUUUUGCCUGUGCUGUUACUGGAACCAAGUGUUGCCUUGCAUUGCGCAACUGAAUCUCCAUAUUCUUCAUGUUUUGUAGCUUUUGAGGCACAAACACUUGGCGAAGGACCACUCCCCUGACCUGUACUCUUUGGAGUUGUCUGGCCUGGAGGAACUCAGCAGGGUGUACGGCAAGGACUCUCCCCAGUACCGCGAUGCCACCUCCAUUCUAGCCUCUGUUCUGCAGAAAGUAAGUUGCGUAGCAGUGUAGAAACAGACACUGUCUAGUUUUUAAUGUAAUAUCUGCAUCUAAUAAUACCUGUUUCUUUUGUUGUAGUUUGCAGAAGAUGUGUACAGUCUCUACAGUAACAGUGCUGUGGUGGAGGUCGUCACAGUGAAGACCUUUGAGGCUCCUUUGACCAGGAAGUCCCGUUCAAUCCUGGAAUCCAAACAGAUUGUAAGUGUGAGGUAGACAAAGUGUUUGGUAAUAAAUCAGCACAAUAUCAAAAUUAAGGAUUAGUUUGGUGCCAUAAAUGAACAUUGAAUGAGCACUUGUUUUUAACUCAGUCUUUAAAAGCUGAACACAGAGCUGUUUCCUUCAUACUGAAAUGUAAAACUGAAUCUGGCGUAACUGACCCGGAAAAAUAGUGAGACUUGAUGACAAACCACAGAAUGUAAAACGGGGAGUAAAAGAUAAUCGCCGUGGGAAUACUUAGGAAUAAUAUUAAAUGACAAUGUAUCCCAGCAUGCGUGUUUAGUAUGAGGGAAGAGCAGUUAGUAGUUGAAAAUUGACUGUACUACAGAUGUUGGCAUCACAGAGGGGCUGCUUUAAACCCCAAUUGGUGAGGUAUAAAGUCAGAGCAUGAAUUUUAGGGUGUGGAAGUAAAGGAUGCCUCAUUAACUCAUAGAAAUGAAUGAGGCAAAAAGAGGUAGUGCAAAGGUCUCAUGCCAUAUUAUUCUAGUUUCAAAUCAACCUAUAGGAUAUUAACUUUAUACACAGUCAUAAAAGGGAAAAAGAUUGACAUGUAUUAAAACAGGUGUCUUUAAUUUUGGUGGUCUAAAGACACAAAAAUUCAUCAGACGGACUUUGCUUGACUUAUUCUUUUCUCUUGACAGAGUAACCCUGGCAGCCCGUACAACCUGGCCUACAAAUACAACUUCCACUACGCCGUGGUCUUUAACAUCGUGCUGUGGCUCAUGAUCGCUCUGGCCCUCGCCGUCAUCGCCAUCGCCUACAACCUGUGGAACAUGGACCCAGGAUACGACAGCAUCAUCUACAGGAUGACCAAUCAGAAGAUCAGAAUGGACUGAGGCGUCCUGUCCAUCAAACACUCCAGCUGUCCUCUUAGACCCCUCUAGUGAAUGUUUGUGUUUGUGUGAGGUCCUGUUUAGUGAAAAAUACUGUGACAGCUUGAUGGGAGGAAGGGAAUAAUUCAGAAUCACUUCCUUGUUUACACGUAGAAAACAACAAUAUUUCAGAAAUGGUUCUUAAUUUUCCUGUGAAAUGAUUCUUUAUUAUCCAAGUCAGACUUCCUCCCUUCAACCUCACAUCAUUCCUCAUGACUUUGACCCCUCACUAACCGUGUUUCAUGUGUUCCCCCUUUUGAUGAAAAUGUUGUGAUGUGACGAAAGAAUGAGGUUUGUCUGGUGCCUGUGUGAAGUUGUAGUGCUUGUCUUGCUGUGUGAAACUGUUUUAAGUUAAAUGAAAUCUAUGUGUAUAUAUUGAAUAUACAAAUGCAAUAUGAGAAACUGCUGUUAUUAAAAGAUUUGCGCUACGAUUAUUCUAGGUAGGUUUCUCCCUACUUCAGUUCAAAAUGUUAAUGCAUAUUGGUUUACAGAAUGACUUGAUGACAAAGAUGGUUGUUGUGAUUGAAAUGAAGCUCUGUAAAAUGUCUGACAAUAAAUUAUUACACCGAUCACUCUGA